UUGUACACGUAGUAAAAUCAUCAUGAUAAAGAAAAAUCUGUUUAUUCGAUAAUGGACUUCUGUUUAGGCCUACGAUAUUAUUCCCACUAUAUUGUAAAAGAGGAUAUCUUGAUAACAUGUCGAUUCGAUUGAGAGAUUAAUACGAAGGUAAAUACCAGCUCAAGAUUAUUUUUUUGGACUGCCCCGAAGUGGUGGAGGCGCGGCGGAUCUCGGGUUGCUGGCGGAAACCUACCGGGAAGCUGUGGCUUGCGGACGUGAAGUAGUUCGCUUCCCAAUUCUGUCCUCGGUAGAUCGUCUCUGUGACAAAAUUGGAAAAGGGUCACCAUCAGUGAGUGUUUACCAACAGAGGGCCGUUGAGGGCGACAUGCUGCCGUUCACAAGCAAACCAUCCAGUGGGGAUUAUGAUAACAGCAAAGCUCGGAGAACGCAGUCAUGCUGGAGGUUGUGGAGGAGGUUGUCCCGCCUACAGAGGAAGGUCGUCACUGCAAUACUCCUCAUCAGUGCGCUCGGUGGCUUCAUCGUCUUCAGACAUUUUGUGCCCGAUGAAUCCAAGAGCGGGUUGGACAGCGAUGCCUUUGCGAGGAAUGCUGCCGGGCGUAAUAAAGGUUGGCUGGGAUUAGGAGGAGGACAGGAGGGGCAUGAUCCGGUCAACGAUGAUUUUAAUCCUGGAGUUGGAGGAGAUGAAAUGGGAGUCGCAGGAGAUGAAAUAGAGCAGGACAAAAGCUUAAAGGGUAGGCCGGGGAAGAGAGGUCCACCCAAACUGCUGGGAGGCAAGCCAAUCGGGUUUCAGGAUACAGAGAAUGUAGACCCCUUAGAAGGAAACCAGCCAAUCGGGGAAGAGGAUACGGAGAACGCAGACAAGGAGAAGGGGGUGCCUCAUCCGGGUAUCGAGCUACCACCGGGCGUGGUCAAGGAAGGGGAGGCUGACGAGAAAGAAGUGGUCCUUCCUCUUCCUGACAAUGAGAAAGAUAAAGAUAACCAUGGCGAUAGCGACCCUCAAUCAUUGUAUGGUGCUAAGAACGAACGGCAGCGCGCGGUGGUAGAUGCCUUCAAGCACGCCUGGAAGGGCUACAAGGCCCAUGCCUGGGGCCACGAUGAGCUCAAACCGAUCAGCAAAAAAUGGAGCGAAUGGUUCACUCUCAGUCUGACCAUGGUGGACAGUCUUGAUACAAUGGUCAUCAUGGGUUUGACCGAUGAGUUUCAAGAGGCCCGGGAUCACAUUGCACAGAUGAGUGUAACUCCUAACAAAGAUGUCAAUUUAUUUGAAACAACAAUUAGAGUUUUAGGAGCCUUUCUCAGUACUUACCAUCUCACCGGUGACGAAAUGUUCCUUCAAAAAGCAGUAACUCUUGGGGACAGCUUGCUGAACUGUUUCCAGAGUAGAACGGCCGUACCCUUCUCGGAUGUCAACCUGCAGACGGGCAACGCACACGCGCCACGCUGGGGACCCGACAGCUCCGUCUCCGAAGUCAGUACUAUUCAACUCGAGUUUCGAGAUCUCUCCUUCACUACCGGUGAUCCAAAGUACAAGGAGGCCGUGGAUAAGGUAAUGAUGCAUCUUCACAAUUUGCCAAAGAAGGAAGGUCUGGUACCAAUCUUCAUCAACGCCAACUCUGGUCAAUUUCGACCCAACUCCAUUUUGACCCUGGGAGCACGAGCAGACAGCUACUACGAAUAUCUGCUCAAACAAUGGCUGCAGACGAGCAAGUCGGAGAAACGUUUCCAUGACGAUUACAUAGAAGCAGUAGAAGGCAUCAAGAAGAAGCUCUUAGGACAAUCAGAACCCAACAAACUGACAUUCAUCGGGGAGCUUCAUAGAGAUACAUUCUCCCCCAAGAUGGAUGAGUUGGCAUGCUUCUUUCCUGGUACACUAGCCCUCGGCCACCACAACGGUCUGCCAGACUCUCAUCUGGAGCUAGCCCAGGAGGUUGCCCAUACCUGCUUUCAGAUGUAUGCCCAGAUGCCUACCUUCCUAGCUCCAGAAAUCACUUACUUCAAUACCUUGCCUGGUAUGAAAGAGGAUCUCAAUAUCAAGCCAGCGGACGCGCACAACCUGCUGCGACCAGAGACCCUCGAGAGCUUCUUCUACCUCUACCGCAUCACAGGACAGAACUUCUAUCGCGAGUGGGCGUGGAAGAUCUUCCAGGGCUUCGAGAAGUACACCAAGAUACCCGGAGGAGGCUACUCGUCCAUCAGUAAUGUUAAAAACCCUGAUAACGUCAACAUGAGGGACAAGAUGGAGAGCUUCUUUCUCGGUGAAACAUUGAAAUAUUUAUUCCUGAUAUUCAGUGAUGACCCCAAUUUAAUAUCGCUCGAUAAGUAUGUAUUCAAUACCGAGGCCCAUCCUCUCCCGGUGAGAGAUGGACAAGGCCAUCAAGUGCAAUAAUUGAAAUUUAUAUAAACUUAAAGGGUGGUAUUCUCAAAAGCGGACUAACUUUAGUCCAUGGUUUAAUCCACCGACUA